CCCCCUCCCAUGCAGCGCGGUUCCGGAGGGUGGGAAGGAGGGGCUGGGCUCCGAGCGCCCGCCCCUCCAUCUAUCACAUGGCCGGAGAGUCACAAAAACAACAGCUUUGGCCAAGACCGUGACUUCUGGACAGGGAACCCAGCUCCGGCAGCCAGCCCCCUCCCCAUGGAGGACAGUCUGCUCGAAUCCUUUGGGAGGCUGAGCCUCCAGCAGCAGCAGCAGCCGCCGCCGUCUCGGCCGCCGCCCCCGCGGGGGACGCCUCCGCGCCGCCACAGCUUUAAGAAACACCUCUACCUCCUGCGAGGCCUCCCGGGCUCCGGGAAAACCACACUGGCCAGACAAUUGCAACAUGACUUUCCCAGGGCCCUGAUUUUCAGCACGGAUGAUUUUUUCUUCAGGGAAGAUGGUGCCUAUGAGUUCAAUCCUGACUUCCUGGAGGAAGCUCAUGAAUGGAACCAGAAAAGAGCAAGAAAAGCAAUGAGGAAUGGCAUAUCCCCCAUUAUAAUUGAUAAUACCAACCUCCACGCCUGGGAAAUGAAGCCCUAUGCAGUCAUGGCCCUUGAGAAUAACUAUGAAGUUAUAUUCCGAGAACCUGACACUCGCUGGAAAUUCAACGUUCAAGAGUUAGCAAGAAGAAACAUUCAUGGAGUCCCAAGAGAGAAAAUCCACCGGAUGAAAGAACGGUAUGAACGCACUGUUACCUUCCACAGCGUGCUGCAUGCUGAGAAGCCGGGCAGAACGAGCAGAAACCAGGACAGGAGCAGCGCCUCCCCUCCGCGAGCCGCGCGCUGCUGGCUCCCGGCCCGCAGGGCCCCCGGCGCCUUCACGCACCAGACCUCCUGCAACAGAAGGGGCCGCUGUCACCACGGGUACUGAUGGCCCACUGACAGCCACUCGGAAGUUUCCUCAGUCAGUUUGUAUCUCCACUUCUGGUAUUUCCUCUGCGUUCCGUUUUAGCCAGAGCUCUAUUUCCCGUGUAAAUAGUCCAGACCAGGUUCCAGCAGAGGCCGUCUCUUCAUCUUCAACACGCACCUGCUGAGGGCUCCUGCUCCCGCGGCCUGGUGCGGGGCACCCUGCAGAUGGCUUUAAGGGAAGCGGCUUUCUCUAGGGAAAGAACUAAUUUUAAACUGAAACUUGAGAACAUUCCCAAGGACAUAAUCAAUUAGUUACACAGAUUCAUAAACAAAGUAUUUAUAUUAAAUAUAGGCUUCAGUACCAAAUUUUCUGAAGUAAUCUAUUUUUUCAGAAAACACAUCUCCAUAGGCAAAGUUGGGAAAGUGAGAGGCAGGAAGUUUUAGUGCCACUGCUACUUUAAUAAUCUAUGUAUCCAAAAAUGUGAGAUGUGUGACUGAAGACGACACUGAUUUUCCUUUAAAAUGAAUAGGCUGCCAAGUGUCUGUCUAAGGGAAUACGUCUUCGGAAGCAGCAGCUUGGGAAGUGAUCCCUUUAUUCUAAUGACGUAUCGUUUCUAGAAAUGUCUGUCAACUCCUCAAUAGCUUUAUCUAUAUAAACGGCUGAUAAAAAUCAAUGUCAUUGCUUAAAGUCACCUUUUCGUGUUUUAACUACCACUUUAUUCCACCAGAUUCAACCUGAAUCUUUUGGCUGUUGUGCUAAGUGUAAAUAAAACAAGCCUGCCUUCAUAAAACACCAGUUUUUAAGAGGAGUAAUUGAUUUCUAACUUUAGGCCAAUGAACAUCUGUAAUCAGUCUGCAGCUCAAACAUUCGGAGUAUAAGGAUUUAACAACCCUAGGAUAUAGUUCAUACAGGGAUAUAAAAAAGCCAUGCUCAUUUUAAGAUGAGCAAGUCUUGAUGUUUUAUGUAGCAUUAAGACAGUAAAGUUCCACCAAAGCUCUGGAAUGUCCCUGUUACAUGACACAGAAAUUAUAUUUCCAAAUUCCAACAGAUUGGAAUUUGACGUGAGACCAUGAUAGGUAAGACCAAGUGAAGUGUAUGAUUUAUUGGUGGCCAGCAGCUUCUUUCUAAUGUUUUGUGAAGUAUUAAGUGUCCUAUCAAAUGGUGCUUUUAUGGUUAUUAAAAAUUGUAUAUGGUAAAUUGCAUUUAUAUGGAUUUGUCAAUAGUUUUUUUGUUCAACAAUAAACAAAUUAAUUACCUAAAUCCCAAGGAAUUCAAACAUAACAUCCAAUGUUUCUAAAGCAAGCUUAUUUCCUAGUCUACUUUAAAAAAAAUAGCAGGCCUAAGGGUUGAGACAGAAACAACCCUUUAUUUACUGUGUCCACUAGACUAUCUUAGCAUUCCAAUAUCUAACACUAGUGAAAUUUACUUAGCAUCCUGAUGACUCCCAGCAGUGCCUCUGUAAUUUUUUGCCAUGAACAUUUAAAAAAUUGGUGUAUCUACUGUGAGUAACAAAGUUAGUAGCCUGAGAAAUAAAUCUGAAUCUAAGGUA